UCCUCCGGAAAUGUGUGGGUGACUCACGAAGAGAUGGAGAACCUGGCCUCGUCCACUAAAGCGGAGAAUGAGGAGGGCAGCUGGGCACAGACCUUGGCAUAUGGAGACAUGAAUCAUGAGUGGAUAGGGAAUGAGUGGCUACCCAGCCUCGGCCUGCCUCAGUACCGUUCCUACUUCAUGGAGUGUCUGGUUGACGCACGCAUGCUGGACCACCUGACCAAGAAGGACCUGAGAAGCCACCUCAAGAUGGUGGACAGCUUUCAUAGGGCUAGUCUGCAGUACGGGAUUAUGUGCUUGAAAAGACUCAAUUAUGACAGGAAAGAGCUGGAUCGCAGGAGGGAAGACAGCCAACACAAUAUGAAAGAUGUUUUGGUGUGGACCAAUGAGCAAGUGAUCCACUGGGCCCAGUCCAUUGGCCUGAGGGAGUACAGCGGCAACCUGUUAGAAAGUGGCGUCCACGGAGCGCUCGUCUCUUUGGAUGAGACCUUCGACUACAGCAGCCUGGCGCUCAUCCUGCAGAUCCCCAUGCAGAACACACAGGCACGGCAGGUUCUAGAGAGGGAGUUUAACAACCUGUUAGCCUUGGGAACAGACCGCCGACUGGAAGAGAGUGGCGAUGACAAAACGUUUCGACGCUCUCCGUCGUGGCGCAAGAGGUUUCGGGCUCGUGAGGGAGGGUCGGGUUUAGGAAUGAUGGCAGGUUCCAUGGAGACGCUCCCCGCUGGCUUCCGCAUGCCGUCCAUGUCCAUGCCACCCUCUAUGAAUUUGGCGCCAAGGAAACAGCUCCAGCCUGAAGCUCCUCCCCCAGCGCCCCCGAGACUCGACCCCUCGGCUGUGCGGACCUAUUCCUGCUAACUGCACUCUGCUUACUAACAGUAGCGCUAAUGCUAACAGUGCAUUCUCAUUACCUGUAUGGACACAUGCUUGCGGCCUUUUGAGAGUGAUAUGCCAAAUCUGGAGAGGAAGACCUGGGUACGCCAGCGGGGAGGUGGAAGGGAGGAGGCCUCUCUCUCCUCUGCUGCCCAGCCUCACUGUCCCUUUCAUCUCUCUCCAUUCCUUCGGACACGUGCAAUACAGAGGGCAACUCUGARCUUUGAACUCUGAGAGUGCUCAGUAAUUGGCUGCACUCGCUGCUGUAAAGGAGGCUCAUCACAGAUCUUGCCCCCUGUUUUUUUGUUUGUUUGUUUUUACCCCAGUGCUCCCAGUAGCCUUGUCUGUUGUGGUGUUGUGUUCCUGCUCUCCUUGUCUCAGCUGUGGGUUCUUGUCCUGGUUCUAAGAGACUCAGCGUGGAAAAGGCCAAUCAGAUCUUCCUGUGUUAGCAGAAGAGUGUGAAACGUGAAAAGAUUUAAGAAGAUGAUGACGAGUUGUUAACUUGGGACCUGAAAAUGCAGAAAACUUGUAUAAAUGGCAGAUUCUUCUGCACAUUACCAUUCUACCGGUUAUGCAAGGUAUUCCUCAUCUAUCGUCUUUGUACAUAAAAUGAAUAACUUAUGUUUUUUAUAGAAAUAUUAUAUAUAUGAUAUAUAUAUAUAUAUAUAUAUAU